AUGCCUCACGCCACCGCCACCUUCAAUGGCAAAGUUAUUGCGGAAACCGAUAACUGGGAAUAUGUCGAGGGGAACAUAUACUUUCCACCCAGCUCUGUAGACCAGUCGGUCCUCAGCAAGGCUAAGCUGACUACCAAGUGUCCUUGGAAAGGCAUAGCUUCAUAUUACAACAUCACCGUCGAUGGAAAGGAAGCAAAAGACGCCGCCUGGUACUAUCCAGAGACCAUCACCGACAAAGCUGCUCCAAUCAAGGACCACGUUGCCUUUUACAAAACGAAGGUCGAGAUCAAUUCCGAGUAA